CUUUGAGCGGCUUCGGGAAUCAAUCGGUACCCUCCAAUUAGUGUUGAAGAGGAAUUGGAUUUCUUAAAGAUGGUGUUCAAUCUCCGAUCCUUCAGUUUCACCGAUUCCACUGAAGAUGAUCCCCCACCACCUCCUAGGGGCUUCUCUCUAAAGGAACUCCGAGUCGCCACACACAACUUUAGCGGAGAAAACUUCUUGGCCGAAGGUGGAUUUGGCAAGGUUUACCGGGGGCGCUUGGCCGAUGGUUCUCUAGUGGCAGUAAAAAGAGCUCGCACAGUCGAUCAAUGUAGCAAAGAGCAGUUCGAAACAGAAGUUCGAGUGGGACGCUCAGUUUCAACGCACUCAAAUGUGCUACGGCUGAGGGGCUUUUGCAGGAGCACGAAAGAGCUUUUAUUGGUCUAUCCCUUGAUAAUCAACAAUAGCCUAUCUUACAAUCUUACAGAAAGACCAGAUCGAUUUGCCCAACCGCUCAAUUGGACCACUCGCAAGCGAAUUGCCUUGGGAGCAGCAAGGGGACUUGCACACCUUCAUGAUCAAGGUAACAUCAAGAUCAUGCAUCGGUACAUCUGCGCGGCAAGCAUAAUGCUUAAUGUGCAAUUUGAGGCCGUGAUAGGAAGUUUCUGCAUCGCCAUGAUCAUGCAUGAGAGAAAUGUCGAGGAAGGGACUAUUGAGUGGCGCACGCGCACACCAAGGCAUGGCACAGGAGUCUCACUCUCCUCUCCUUUAGAAGAAAAUUCAGCUGAUGCUGGCUUCGAUUCUCAAAUCUAUCAUCGCUAUGAAGAUGUCUAUGUCAAUACCCUCACCUGCGGCAUAAUUGGGUUUACUGCCCCUGAGUACUCCUACACAGGAAAGUGCACACUGAAAAAUGAUGUCUUCGCAUAUGGGAAAAUGCUUCUCAAACUCAUCUCGGGACAGCCGAUUUUUUACGUUUUCCCUGAGGUACACAAUGGCGAAGCUUUAUGGUUAGAAGAUUGGGUUAGAAAACAUAUGAAUGAAGGCCAGUUGGGAAGGGUGAUCGAUCCCAAUUUGCAAGCGAACUAUGUGGAAGAAGAAGCAGAGCGACUAGUCCGAUUGGCAUUGUUGUGUGCACACAAGGAUCCAUCUGUUCGACCAGAGAUUUCUGAAGUGGUUGAAAUACUCGAAAGCCAGUUUCUCCAGCGGGAUUCCAGUACAAGGAGUAGUUGGAGUCCCAGUGAGUGUGAAUCGACUACUCCAUACUACUCUUUCCCCCCUUCUCCUUCUCCUCCUUUGGUGAUCGGUCCAUGA